GUUUGCAUCCUUUCGAGCGGGAUACUGACCCCUGAAUCUGUGUGAUAAACUUUGUUAUACAUCAGAAACGUGUCUCGCAGACAUGGCCCAUCAGACCGCAGAGGAUUUCCCGCCUAGCUUAGCAUGUCUGAAAAGCAUUGAUACUUUGCUUCGGUGUCCCAUUUGCUUCGACUUCCUCAACAUUACAAUGAUGACUAAGUGCUCACACAAUUUUUGUUCUCUGUGCAUCAGGAAAUUUCUCUCCUACAAGCUGCUGUGUCCCCUUUGUAAUACACCAUUGACAGAACAAGACCUAAGAAACAACCGCUUAUUGGACGACUUGGUUCUAAACUUUCAAACUGCAAGGCAGGAGUUGUCAAAAGCAAACUUUGAGUCUCCUCCAAUAUAUCCCAAGACCCCAGCUUCAGUUGCCAAAUGUAAAACUCCCAGAGAGAAGGGCCAAAGCCCCAGCAACUCCAUUUUAACCAACUUUUUCCAGAAGAAGCCACAAACUCCUUCCAGGAAAGAAUCUGAAGAACAAAAUGUCCAGCGGGGGAAAAGGCAGGGAGCACAAACCCUGCGCACCAAUGAGACUGACCUACAUUUGAGAAGCUCUCAGAGUCGUGUGGUGGUGAAGAAAGAGCUGAUGGAUGAGGACAAGUCGGCCAAAUGUGUGACGCCAGUAAAACAAGAAGAAGUGGCUUCACAUAGUCAAAGUCUCAGACCUGAGACGGCUCAUUCCUCGAUGCAAACUCAGGAUGUGAAGCCCAUAAUCAAAGUUGAGUGCCCUGUUUGUUCUGUAAGCGUGGCACAGCAUUUCAUCAACAAACAUCUGGACAUCUGUCUCAGCAGUGAGGGGAAGAAGGACAGCCUGAGGAGUUUCAGCUCUCGUAUCAAAACCAGGCGUCCGAUGGCGAAGCUGGUGUACAAUCUUCUGUCCAUUCAGGAACUGAAGAGGCGGUUGAAGGAGAACCAUCUGUCCGUGCAGGGGUCUCGGGACCAGCUGAUCAAAAGACACCGGGACUUUGUCCUCUUGUACAACUCACAGUGUGACUCUCUCAACCCUAAAUCUGCUGAAGAGAUCGCUAAAGAGGUGGAGGCCAGUGAGAAGAAGAUAAAUCGGCUGCACGGGAAAACAAAACCUGUCUUGGUUUUCUCAAAGAACCAGUCAGAGGAGGAGAUUGAUGAGAUGAAUUCAAAUUAUAGGAAGCAGCACAGCAGCGACUUCUCUCGGCUAAUUGCACAGGUCAGAGGUCGCCUAGGAAACCCCAGACAGCCUCGUGCUAAACAGGAAGUUGUGGUGAAGAAAGAGGACGUUCAAGAAUCAAACUCUUCAGUUGCAGAAACAAAGAGCUCCCCAGGUGGAGAUCAGUCUCCAAGGAGUGUCGAUUUGUCAUCCAGCCCUGCAUUAAGCGACGUGUCCAUCAGCAGUUCUAUUUCAGAUAUUUUUGGGCCAGAGUCUUCCAUAAAAAUUAAAGCUCCAGAAACGUCCUCGGCCCAAAAGCGACCGCCCAGCACCAGAGGAAGCGAUGCAGUCUCGUCGCCUGUUGUGGGGAAACGUCGACGUAAAACGUGAAGAGAAAGACUGACACAUCGUCCUUCAUGUUAAAUGUUCUUCCUGUUCAAGUAACACGUUCUCACACCCUAAGCGUCGAAAAAUGACGCGUGUGACCAAGCGUCAAAAUAUGACGAUCAGGGUGCCCCAGCGCGUCGGGAGAGGACGCGCUGUGCCAGAGCGUCGGCAUCCGACGCCCGCGGUGUGACGGACAUUUGACCGAUUUGUGACCUAUUUAACCUUCCCCUCACCCCCAUUCUAACCUUAACCAGCUUGCGCAAGCAAAGCUUUGUUUCUCGUUCCGUUGUUCCUCUCAAACACGCUUAAUUGAAAAUUGACGCAGACAUACUGGGUUAAGGUUAGGAUGGGGUUGAGGGGAAGGUUAAAUCGCUAGAAAUCGCUAGAGGUUCGAGGUGAAAUGUCGGUUAAAUGUCCGUGUCACCAUACGGAUGCUGUGGCACAGCGCGUGUCCCUGCGCGUCCUCUCUCGACGCGCUGGGACACUGUCAUAUUUUGACGCUUGGUCAUGCGCGUCAUUUUUUGACGCUUAGGGUGUGAGAACGUGUUGGUUCAAGCUAGCUCUAAUGUCUGACCCGUCUGUCGGGUGUUUCAGAAGUUCAAAUGUUUUACUACAAAGACAUUUUGUAGUGUUUUACAGCAUUUUAUUGUUUGUGAUGAAUAAGAGCUGAUCUCAGUAUUACAUCAGGUUAGGAGGACUGAAAUGUGACCUCAGCCAUGUCCAGGUUGUGUUAGAAAUGGUGUUUAAAGUUGGUUCAGAUGAGUUUGAAGAAUAAACAUUUACAUUUGUUUUUACCCA